AUGUCCCUUUCGUUGCCAGAUUUGCAGCGCUUUCGCAAUGAAUGCGUAGCUGCCCAUAAUUUUUACCGCGCGGCUCACGGAACACCGCCUUUAUGCUGGUCUACAAGACUCGCUGAGAGCGCGCAAGCAUGGGCCGAGCAGCUCGCCAGUACCACCGGAUCGCUGCGAUACAGCUCCGCCAAGGAUGUUGGAGAGAAUCUCACUCUACUAUGGGGCUCGGAGCUUAACGGCCAGAAAAUAACACGGAUUUGGUAUGAAGAAGGAAAGCACUUUGACUAUAAAAAACCGCGCGUGAAUUCACGAACGCGCUCAUUUUGUCAGGUGGUAUGGGAGGGAACACGCGAGUUGGGCGCGGGUGCGGCUAUCACCAAACAUGGAAAACAGAUCGUCGUAGCGCGUUACUUUCCACCAAUGAACAAGAAAAAUGUCGCGAGGAACGUAAAAAAAGCGAAGAGCACACGAGAGAACGAGCAGCCGCUGACGUUUGACACGCGCUGGAGCAGCCUUUAUGUCGGUAAGAACAUUACUAUUCUCUACAAUAUCGACCGCCGCGUUUUCACUUCAUUUGCAUUUUUUGUUCACGGGUUUUUCUGUAUGAAAUAAAUAUAAGUAUUUGAAAGAUACGUUUUUGUUUGCUUAGGAGUUGAAAAAUCAAGAGUACUUCAUCUACAAUUGUCUUUAAAUUCAUUAUUUUUAUUAAGAUCUUUAAGUCCAUUCGAUGUAGAAAUUUGAUGUGUAAUACGUGUGCAUGUUAUGAUAUGCUCGACGGUGAAUUAUUGUCGACAGAAUUCAUAAGAAAUGCAAUUUUUCUCUAUGAACUGAAAGGUCACGCGUAAAUAUUAAAUCGCUUUUCACAUGCAACGUCUAAGCGAAAUUUUAGGCCGUGAACUUAAUCAAAACCGCUAAAUCAAUGGGAGGAUCAUAUUUUUAUUUAAAUCAACGCAAAACUAAUGUAGGCUACCAAACAUUGUGUUAAUUUUGACAGUUAUGGACGCGAUUUGGUCGAUUCCCUUUAAAAUUGGUUUAUUAUGACGAACAAUUUAUCAACUUUCUUGGCCACAGUAUGCAUCAGUGAGUAAAUAUUCCGCAUGCGAUAAAUAGAAGACUAGAAGAAGACCUUUUCAAAAAAGCGGCCUUUCUCGAGCGAAAGACGUUUCAUUUUCAUUACCCCUAUUUUCGGGAGAUGUUCGAUAAUUUACUUGAAUUUUCAAAAUCUGAAUAAAUCCAUUGUAAUAUUUAUGCAAUGUUUGACUCGAAUUUUUUAAAAACAUCUCUUCCGUGUUGGUCCUUCAAGUCGUUCGUUUUUUACAGGUUAAUGGAUACUAGGAAGUCAAGGAAGCUUUCUUUUUUAUUUCCAUUUGUUUUUAAUGUUUGUUGUUUUUAACAGGUUCACGAAAUAGUGGAAUUUACAUUUUUUUUAACUUGUGUUUCAAGAACCCGAAGAAUCAGAUUAGUUCAUUUUUUGUUAUCGACAAAGAAAGACUUGUAGUCAAGUAUUGUGUUCAGCUCGGGUUCUCUAUUAUGGUUCACUGAUUGUGGACCACGGUAAACCUGUUAUCUGGUUUUGGUCAAACACCUGUUGAGCAUUUUGACAAAGAGAGUUUUCUUCUUUGUUUCUUUCUUUUUUCUCUUCUUCUUUUUACUUCCGGUUCGAAUAGAACUAUUAAGUAAAGGUGGAUCGAAAGGAUAAGACACAACAGAAUUGUUGUUCUUUGCGGAUUAUCUUACAAUAAAAUCUGAGAUAAUUGUUAUUUCGGUACAAUUUUACCCAUGUAAAUGAAACCCAAGCCAAGUUAUCUAAUGCAUAUGCAUGCGAAUGCAUAUUAAACGCCGACGCCACUAUUUAUUAACUGAUAUUGUUUUUUGUCGUUGUAGUCGUCGUCGCUUUUUUUUCAUUCAGCAGUAAAACUUUUUUCGCUUGAUUAAAAGAAGUCGCUGUUAACUUAGUGUGUUAACUCAAGUCUGAUUGAUUUCGUGAAAGUAGACCCGGCUUUGUCUAAUUGAAUGCCUGAAUUUAUGAUGCUUUGCCUUUAACUUAAAUCAAGGUCCAGAAUACAAUAUCAGUAAUAUACUAAAUACUAAUAAUCUAGGGUAAGCUUAAAACAGAAUACAAGAUUCUUUAGAAAGUAAGCCACCCGAAGUCUUUUCACAAAAAAACACUCUGAAUUUAAGUUUAAGUUUUUGGUUCCACUAGUUCAAAUCAGAACGUAACGGUUUUCCUCUAAGUUACGAGAAAUUAAGUUGAGUCAAAUCGGAACGCUUCACUUGAGUGUACCCUCCCGGAACGCAACGCCAACAAAGGGUUUAUCCAUUAUUAAUUCAUUAGAUUUUAACAAUUCCUGUUUGUAGUUCAGUCUUAACUUUUAUGCGAGUGUUGCAUUAUAAAUAAGGGUAAGCACAGGUUAAUUUCCGUCUUUUUUGUCGGGUGUAUGGCAUAGUAACAACAUAAGGUGCCUUAAUCAUAAAAAUCAAAGUACCAAGCGAUGCAUGACUUAAUACGUAUUACUGGAAUCUGAGUUAAAAUCAUGCGUAAAUUUCAUCUGAAGUAAUAAAUUAUUAAAUUCCUUGUUCUUUUGUUGUGGACUAUGAAGCAAAGUCUAGUUGUGUUAAGGCUCUUUCUUCCGAAUCGACUUGCCUUUUGCAGAGGCGGAUUCAGAUUUUCAAGUAUGUGAGGGGCCUGCUCAUCCAUUCUUUAAAAUACGAUGGAGGCCCGGCCUCGAAAAUAGUUUUUUCGGCCUUGAGGGGCUCAGUUUAGCCGUGGGGUCUAGGGGCCCCUGCGGGUUUCUCCCCCAGAUCCACUCCGCUUUUGUCAAUCAGUUCUGGAAUUAAUAGAAGGUACGUUGUGGUUAAUUGUUGGUUUGGUUUUAUUUUUUUUUUUCCUUUGUGGGAAUAAAAGGACAAUGAAAACCAUCUCGACAAGCAAACGACAGCAUCAACAUAAACUCUGCGCUAGUAACAUAUUUUUUUCUUUGCCCAGUGUCCGUGUGAAGCAUAUCUCGAUAUUUUUAUUUUGCAGGACUUAAAGAAUUCCAUGAAGAAUGCUUGUCUGCUCACAAUGAGUACAGAAUCCGACAUGGUGCGGCUCCUCUGCACUGGUCAGCGGAGUUGGCCUGGGAAGCGCAGCAAUGGGCUGAAAAUUUGGCGCAAACGGGCGAACUCCGACACAAUGAAGACGACACGGUUGGCGAGAAUUUGGCGGGAAUGGUAGGCGGUGAGUUGUCCGGGCGGGAAGCCGUUGAUAUGUGGUAUGAGGAAAUAGAAAGUUACGACUUUGAGAGUCCUGGAUACAGUGAAGACACUUCAAAUUUCACACAGGUGGGGAUUAUUCAUGACGCAUUCAUGACAUUCAUGAGUUUAAUUUAUCUUCGAUACCCAAUAUUCAGCAACACUCACAUGUGAGGGGUAGCGUAGGAGCUGCUCGUAAGGUCUCUCCUAAUUGGUCGCAUGAAACAAUGAAAUGUCAUUCUUCCAAUUGUUUUAGUAUUGUUUGGGGUCAGGGAAACGCACCAUUGAUGCCCCAUGUCAGACCUGAUCGACCGUCUGCGAAUGAACUACGCAAUGUCGCCAGUGCCUUGCGCAUGCGAACAGUUAUGCAGUCGCAGCCAUGACUAUAUGCAGUUUGGCACACCCCUGGGUAGGCUUUUGUACAUUAUGCCAGCAUUUUUUCGAGCAUUUUAGUGAGGCAAAAGCAUUGAGCAUUAUUCGAGCAUUUUAGUGGCAUUUUCCCUGGAAAAUUAUUUUUUCCGAGAAAAUAAAAUAGAAAUUAACUUUUUUCAGGAGCCCAUGCCCCACGAGCUCCUGCGUUUUUAAAGAAAAUGAAGACUAAAACUCAAAAUUCACAAAAAACCUAAUACAGCUGUUUUUUUGGCUGUAUUUAUGAACUUGUACACGUUGAGUGUAAACUUUGAAAUUAAUUUUUAAAAAAACCGUUUGUAUAGUGAGCAUUAUCCGAGCAUUUUAGUGACGUUUUAGGGGAGACCGAGCAUUUUAGUGGGAAAAAUGGAGCAUUAAGGUGGAGCAUUUUAGUGGGGAAGCAAAAGCAUAAUGUACAAAAGCCUACCCCUGGGGAAAUUGAAUGCACUUUUUACGAAUUCAGUGGGCUAUUGAAAGAAAACCAGUACUCAAUGCUAGCUUUACCAAAAGUUGUGUAGUUUGUUCUUAUAACCCAAGAACGCAUCACCUCAAUCCAACUCGAACUUUAAAGCGAAAUUGACUGGAAAUUUUAAGUCAUUUUCUUUUUGCUAGGUUGUUUGGGUCGCUUCCGAGAACCUCGGAGUUGGAAGGGCCAUUGAUGGAGAGCUCUGUGUUGUGGUAGCGUUUUAUGAACCUCCAGGAAACAUGGAAAGAUAUUUCGGUGAUAAUGUCCUUCGUUUGGGAUCAAACGUGAGAGAGAGAAAGAGUAAAGAACCAAAAGGCUUUAUACCACCUCCCCCUGGUAAGUAAAGCCGGAAUCAGUUUAAAUCAAGAGAGAAUGCGCAGCGUGUUUCUAAAUGGCGCUUAAUUACUGUUGUAAAAGUUAAUGACUUGUUCAGUCCGCUUAACAGUAGACAACAAAAGGUAGAAAGAGUUCUUCCCUGUUUCUGUUGAGGUUUUUUGUAAGGAAACAAGGUUGAAAUAAAGUAAGUCGCGCCGUGGAGUUACUUGUUUUUCUCUCUUGGUUGUUCGUCUUCCGUUUUCGUCGAUGCCACGCCUAAAAAUAUAACUAACUUGUUUCCUCCUUUUUUGCUAAAUAGAUCUAGAAGGGUUCCGUUUAGAAUGCCUUGUGACACACAACUAUUUCAGGGCUCGUCACGGCUCUCCGCCGCUUGUCCUCAACAGUACCCUAACGGAUGAGGCCCAAUACUGGGCCGAGCGCCUCCUCGUGACGGGUGCCUCGGAGGGCUUGGAUAACUCUCGGAUUGGCAUAAGUGUGGCAGUCCUCGAAAAUAAGCAUAUUAGUGGAAUUAAGGUAAAACUGAAGUCUUAUAUGUGAGUAGCGUAUCUCACGUUCUUUAUGAUAAUUUGCAAUUGUACGCCUAGUCAUAAUCCUGAAAUAAGAACAUCUGAUACUAACAUCUUUUUUAUUCCUGGCCCUUCUCAGCCAUUCUUAGCUUCAGUACAAAAUGAUGGAAACAAUUUGUUGCUGAUGCGUUUAUGUAAAAUUUAAAAAUAAAAAGGACUUAUUGAAAGUGAUAUUUCUUAAAUUCAAUCCACAAUUUUAAGCAUUUAGUUUGAUAGUAUCAAAACAAGUUCUUUUCAUUCAUCACUAGGUGUCCGAGCUGUGGUACAAGCAAAUCUUAAGUUACGACUUCAACAGCCCAGGCUUCAGUACAGAAACUCUUGACUUCAGCCAGCUGGUCUGGCUUAGCACUCGCAAGCUGGGUGUGGGUAAAGCUACUGGAGCAGAGGGCGUGACUGUAGUGGUAGCGAGGUAUGAACCCGUUGGCAACAUAGAUGGUCUGUUCGUGCAGAAUGUCAAACGAAGAGGGCACGAGAGAGGCAGCAGUGAGCCUAUGAUAUUCCAUGUAGAUUACAAAUAUCGCAUACGAACUGACAGCAAGUCUUCCAACAGCUUUUUGAGCUGGGAACAUGAAGGUAAGUUAUCUUUUUUGCCUGCUGUUUGUUUUCUCUAGUACUUGGAGAGGAUGAAAUGCAGAAGGACCAAGUUCUCCAAGUACUAGUCCCAAAUGCAUAUUCUCUUAGAAAAGAGGUGUAUCGCGAUCAGCGAGCUAAGACGGCCUUGUCCAGUGGGUGUUGUUUGAUAUUGUUUUGCAACUACAAUCAUGGACAAAAGUCUUGGGACACUUUUGGGUUUCUGGGGCGUUUUCCAAUUCACACAGGACCAACCCCUCCCCUCACCCCACAAACAAUGUUGGACGCGUGUAUCCAGAAUUUUUUCCGAGUUUCAACUUUGUAUAGGGUGCGGGGAGGGAGAACUGCAAGAAAAUUUCGAAAAGGAUGCACUGCUUUAAGAGGGAAGCUAGAAAUGACAGAAAAAAAUGAAUAUUGCAGUACUGUCCCAAGGACUUUUGUCCAGGAUUGUAGCAAGAACUCAUCAGAAAAACUCUUUGGGUUUCUAGUCCUUUCAUAUUUAGUCUAUAGAAUCCAGUUCCAUUAGUUUACUUGUAUUCUGCUCUUGUUCAACUAUUGAGCCCCUUUAUAGUCGAUGAGGACAUCACUCUGGUACUUCGUUAUAUUUUGCUCCUAUUGGUAGAGCACUCGGGCUGGCCCAUCAACUAUCACAAUCCACACAAUAGACAAACGGCUCCAAGAGAUCUUACCAGUGGUCAAUUCAAUGAAACCUUUACAAGCGUAAUUUACAAGUGUGGCUAUUGGAUUUGGACCCCAAAACAAUUGCUACACUUGUAAUUUACAAUUUUGAAAGUUUUACCUGAACUGGCCCCGAGCAUAUACCUUUGUGUGACAUACAACAAACAACCUACGAGUCUCUGCCUCCCUUAUUUUCCUCAGACGCACCGACGUGGGAAAGAGGCAGUGACUUCACAAAGUCCAGGUAAGAAACACGUGGCGUGAGUAAUUAACACAUCACUCAGAGUACUUACUUAGAGGCAUUACGCAAUUCCCCUAGUUUAUAUCACAUUUACGAUUGAUUUCAGUUUUUAUGAAUACUAUCACCAGAAAAUGUCAGUUCUUUAUUUAGGGUGUAUACAACUGCUGUGAAACAUUCACUGUUUAGAGACGUAGUAAAUAUGUGCUGGUAUCUAGAAUACUGUUUAAAGCUAGUGUUUUGUUUCUUUUGUAUGACUUCUCUUGUUUGUCAUUUUGCAGUCCAGCAAUCUCUCCGUAAACCUUAUUUCGAAGUGUAUCUUUAUUCCGGCACCAAAAAUCCCAUGACUUUUUAAACUGAUAAAAGAAUUGUUCUGAUGAUUUUUUGUGAAUCUCUGGACCUUUCCAGCGUUCCCUUAUAGCCUGAACCAUUAAGUCUCUUUGAACAUAUGCUGGGCAAGACAAUGAAUUGUUGUGUAUAUAUGUUCCCCUUUACAAUUUGCGUACCGCAAAAAAAAUUUAGAGAAUCAUAAACUACAAAAAAUUGCUGCCAAAUUCCCAGCACCGAUUUGAUAAGCAGCUGUAAUCCUUCAGAAAUUAAACAAAAAGUAGCAUUUCAAUCUUAAGAGCACCAAAAUGGUUAACAUAUUGAUUUGUAUCGCCACUUUAGUUGCCAAGUACCUCACAGGAAUGGACUUAGCCGGGCAAAGUUUCUGUUAAACCGUUUAUUAGAAGACUUGGACCGGUGUCGUAACAGCUGUUCCCUUUCCCCUCCCCUCAGUACGGCCGCCAGUUUAAGUUGGAGGUAUGAUCGACUCGCUAUCAAAUUUUCGGCGCUUCUGAGUUCGUUGACUUGAGAGCAAAAGUAGAUGCAGAAUUCGGUUGUCCUCCCACCCCUCCCUUAACCCAACUUUAACAUCAACUUCUCACUUAGGGCAAAAUGAUGGGUUAGGGGAGGCGUAGGCAGACACCCCCUUAGAAUCGUCACCGACGACUGAUUCGUGUACACUGGUUGUUAUCUUUAAUCUGGGAUCACUCUUAAAAAGAGUGAAGUUUUGAGUCAGGGAGCGGGGCAUGUUGGGAGGUGUUGAAGAGUCUAAUCUUUUUCGUACUCAAACAGGCAGCGCGCAAAGCCUGCGUAUAGCCUUCCCAUACUCCGUUAGGCGCCCGGGUUCAAGGCGGGAGAGGAGGAGUAAGACUGUUUUGAUUAACAUAACUAUGCGUAAAACAUUCGACUUGAUUUUUUCUACUUUUUUUCAUUUCUUUUAUGUUCAAAAAUGGUGCCGACUGUUUCUCGAGGGCAGGUGGUAUCAUGAUCAGUGUCCAGGGCUUUCUAACUUUAUUCUUUCAUAGACUAUGAAGAUUAGUACUACCUAUCUUUAUCAUUCCAUUCUCUGAUAAAAUUAUCAAUUUCCUUCCCGAGAAUUGUUCUAACUUUGACUUUGCAGGAAACGCAAUAAUAAUUUCAAGAUGAAAAAUGGGGACCCCGAGCUCCUUUUUAAGCUGUUGAAAGGAAAUGAAAUUAAGAGUCGUUGUUUCUUUGGGAAUUGUCCUUAAAAUGUUGGGGCAUAUAGGUAUCUAAUUGAAUUGCUAGUUUUGCUGUUAAAAGUUCUUAUAUAUGAUAGUAACCUAUCAAAGUGUAAAAGUUUAACCAUCAACUUGUAUCGGUAGUUCUGACUGCUAUGUGAAGAACAUUCGUCUUUCGGACUGUACUCAAAAUUAGUAACUGCCAAAUUUAGGGGACCACUUAUUCGCAAGAAUAAAAAUGUGGUAACAAAUUGAAGUUACGGUUUGGGAAAAUAUAUAUAUAUACAGCUAUUUCGAGAAAGGUUGUCGGGAAAAGUGCACGCGACAAUCCUGAAAGGCAUUGUGGGUGGUUUUGAGUUCUCUUUUUUUUUUUUCAAAGAAAUUUGAAAGUAUUGGUACGAAAGGCCGCAUGCAAAUGUGUUUGCAAGUGUUAAAGGAAAGCAACAAAAGUAGGUUCGACAGCUACAGUCGUCAGGAACCUUGUACUGAUCAUAUCCCAUAUUACCUUUCGGGAUUGUCGCGUGCACAUUUUUUUUCCGACAACCUUUCUCGAAAUAGCUGUAUAUCGUGAGCAGAAAUGAAUUUCUUAAAUACAACCAAACUAAUUUUUUCAUGUUGAACCAUUCUAUCACCGAUAUUUUCCUUAUGGGUUUUAGUCUAUUUUAGACAAACACUCUUGCUCUCUUGUAAACGUACUCUGACAAAGCGUACUUUAAAUUUUAUGAAUUUUUAUAAAACAGCUACGCCGCAUUUGGAAUUCUAACUCUUUUCCAUUCUUUCCUUUCUGAAAAUCACUGAAUUAACUUCUUAAAUCACUCUAAUCCUCUUUUCAAAAACCUCGAUGUAAUCUUGGGAAACUGCCCACCUAUCCCUCCCCUAAGCCAACAUUUUGCCCUAAGUGAGAAGUAAGUGUUAAUGUUGGCUUAGGGGAGAGGUAGGUGGGUAGUUUCCCAGAAACGUUUUGGCAAAUUGGUGGCGAAUGAGGCGAUGGGAAGGGAUCGGUUUGGUUCAGAUUGUAACACUCACUGAAGAAAACUCACGUUUCUUAACUUUUUCAAGCUUUUCACAUGAGAUACCGUCUCUUUGCUUUUUUUGGGAACUCAAAUAACAGCUGACAUUUUUCGUUUUGAUUUUGACUUAGAUCGAAAGGGUAUGUUACUGAUGGUUCAUAACCAGUUUACCUGACGUUUUCUGUCAUUGAUAAUAAUUCAAUGUUUUUCACCACAGGACAGCUUUCGUUACGUUUUCAGACGGCCGUUUGGUCACUGGUUCUGUAACGGCUUUGUCAUGACUGUCUAACAUUAGCGCUAAAUUCCACGUCAUGUGACGUAGGAGUGUAAAUACUUUUGGCACUUACGUUUUUCCUCAGUCACUGUGAACUUACUCUCGUUCAAGUAGAUCCAUUCGUUUCCCAACUCAUCGCCCAUAAAAAAAAUUAACUUCUAACGAUAAAUAUUGUUCAUAUUGCCCAGAAUUAAAUACUUUUGAACCACUGUUUGACAAACUUGCAUGAUUUAACUUUUGUACGUUACUCAUCAUUUCCUAAACGUAAUUUAUGCUGCUGCACGUUGUAGGACCACCUACCUGUUGACUUUUUAAACGUUAAUAACAUUUCUUGACAAUACAUUUAGCUAACAACCGGCUUUAAACUUAAAACCUUAAAGAAAAAUUUUCAAUCAUAUUCUGGUACGUACAUAUUGAUAAAUGUACCAGUUUUUUGCUUCUUAGUUAUUAGCAGGUCAACGAGUCACUUUUCAUAGUUUUAAAGAUUUAUGAGUUUCGAGAAAGCUCUCCUGGCAUGGGGAUGUCCUUUUUUCUAAAAGAUCUUCCUCGCCGCGGAUUCGUAUUUCCAAAUUAUUAAAUAGAUGAACGCCCAUUUUGGUUUUUCACUGCUUUAUCAUCCAUUUUACUUUCCCUCAAAAACACGUCUCUACAUUUAAUCCGUUUUGGGAAAUAAUUUCUCUUCUUCUUCGUUGAUAAGGCCGUAGCAGUCGUCUCGGAAAGAGAUAUAUUUCUUCCAUUAAGUUAAAUUUAAAAAAGUGCUUCGUAGGCUGUGGUCGAGUCUUUUGCAUAAAUCUGAUCGAGCUGCACGGAUUGAUGGCGAGUGUUUUUCCUGACUCUGAAACGUUUUAAAUGGACUAAAAAGCGUCAAACAACCAGUAACUUAUUUUCACUUUCUUACGCAGUGACUUCGACCACUUAGAUGUAAACAAGAAUAUGGUACAAACGGCCGACAAACGGGAGCCUACCAAUACCCUGACUGUAACAGACACCUUCACUCGGUUGGUCUGGAUAGACCCCAACAGUCCUACUCUUCAAAGGAAAGGAGUUGCAGAUGGAGCGAUUCGUGGUGUUAAUGAGGAGGAGGAGGAGGAGGAGGAGGAGGAGGAGGGGGAGGAAGAAGAAGAAGAUAAGGACAAAAUAAAAGCGGAUGAAGACGUCGAAGAUGAAAAUGAAAUGGUAGAGGAACAGGAUGAUGAGCACGAAAUGGAGGACGAACAAGACCAGGAAGACGCGAGGACAGCGUUUGAAGAAGAAAAUAGAGUUCAAACUGAAGGUUGGUGUUAUUGGAUGAAUUAUUCAGGUUGCAAUAAAAAGACCAUUGUGGGGGUAAACGUGGAAGGUAAACUUCACUCCCUAAAAGUAGGUUUGUCUUUGUGACUUACUUUGUUGCAAAUUUUGACGGGUUUGUGGCUUAGGUUGUUUCCGCAUGACGCCGAUUAAUUCAACUGGGGAUGAUAUAUAAUUUUCCCCAAGUGAUUCUGCACUAAGUAAACGGCACCAAACCACAAACUCGUUGAAAAAGUCCUCUUUCUUAUUUGUUGGUUUGCACCUGUAUAAUUAGCCAUUUAGAAUUCAAUUUAUUAUCGUAUAUGCCAAAGUUAGUAAACAAUAAAAUAAUCUCGAGGAAUUUAUUUUUUCUUUCACAUAUUAAUCUUCCUGCUUGGUGAUAUGCGAAUUUUUUUAUAUGAAAAAAACCCUUCUUGCAGUUUCUGUUGCUUUAUGUGGCCCUUGAUAUUUCAUUGCACUCUUUGUGAACUCUUCGACAUGUUAAGGUGUCCUUCGUUUAACUGCGGCAGGAUUAGCUCAGUCACUAGAGCGCUUGACUGCAGAGCGAGAGAUCUCAGGUUCGAUUGCCGGAGCCGGACCAAUACACAGGGUCUUCAAAUAACAAAGAAAUGAAGGUACUCCCUUUGCACGGCAUGUGCUCGACCUUCGCGUGGCUCGGAUGACCACGUAAAAUGGCAAUCCCGUCUCCUUUUGGAAAAGUAAAAAUAGUGUCCCCAGUUAGUACUUUCGUGCUAAAUACAUUGACACACAAGUAAAGUCCAUUUUUUCGUGUAAUUGAUGUCAUUGUUUCAAUAACCUGAUAUUAUAAUUCCUGCAUUCUUUUCAGAGGAACCGUCAGUGUAUCAGGAAGAAGCUGAAUUGGAGGAGGCUGAUCUAUUUUCUGAUCCAGAAGAUGAUCUCUUCCAACAUGUUUGCGAAAUACGACGCUCUCUCUCUCUAGACUCAGAGGGAACAGAGCCAGAAGCGCAGAAAGGAAACGUGCUGUCCAAGGUAGCUUUCUUUGAAACUUUCCAGCGAAGUUUUGAAACGCAGUCGCUAUCAACUUCAGAGUCGUCAUUUAGAAGAAGCCUCAUUCAAGACGAGCUGGAGGAGUUGACAUCUCGUCCGAGAUUGCAGGCAUCUCACGAAGAACAAGAACAAGCACAGAUGGAGCACGAGGAGGAGCCAGAAUGCCAGUUAGAAUUUGAUGACAUCUUUCCCGCUCACCGCGAAGAAGACGAGAUUGAAGUACAUGUGGACGAGCAUAAGCACGAGGAGGUUGGCGAAGGAGAUGAUGAAAGUCUAGUUAGUGUAUCGGAUACAGAAGACGUGUUAGAUUCUACUGAUUAUGGCAUUAGAAACGUAGGCGCACAGGAUUAUGAACUUGAAAACAAGCUUUACUUGACUCAUGAAUUUAUAGAGGAAGAACCAUCGACUUUAGAAAUUUUCGACUUUUCCGAUGAGGAAGCCUCACAUCAGUAUGCUGAUCUGACAGAACAACCACUUUCAUCAACAAAAUCUGUUGUGGCAACAACGAAAACCGGUACUGAAUUUCAAAAACAAGAAUCUUGGAAAUUAAGAAAAGAAGAAACACCACAUUCGUUGGAAGACACUCCAGAGAACUACAGUAGAGAAUCGUUUCAGACUAGCGAAGCGUCAGUUCAAGCUCCUGAAACCUUUUGUACAAAACCGUUAGAUCCCGACCUUUUCCUUCAGGUAACAAAACAAGAUGAUGCCGGCGAUCGAAUGGAAGAAGUCAUUUCGAGAAUAGGGCUCUUAUCAGUCGAGGAAAACAUAGAGGACAGUAACAACUUACUCGACUUUAAGGACACAAUAGAAGGAAAACUUUUAACAGGUAUUGUAAGCCGUAGAAACGAGUAUGAGGUUCCCGAUAAACAAACACUAAUUGACGAGACUUGCGAAGCUCUCGUCAAAGACAGCGUAGAAUCGGAAAUAGAUUUUGAUGAAUUGUUUGCAAGGCUGGAAAGAGAUGAGACAGAGAACGGGAGAGAUCGUGCAGCACCCCAAACGGUUAUGGAAAUAGAAACAAGCCAGUCACCUGAUAAUUUUUGUGAAGUGAUAACACGAGACCAUGUUGGAGAGCGUUCCAUGGCUAUGGAACGAAUUAGCGGUGAUUUGGAAGUUCAGACUUCGGACCAGUCUUCAGUCAGCGAAGAGGAAAAAGAAAAAGAGUUAGAACCAGGCAUAACCCUUCACUAUGAGUAUCCAACAUUACUGGCUCAAGGUGACAUAGAACUUGUUGCUGAAAAUAUUGAAGCAGUCGAAAAGAACCAUAAACCUGAAAGGACAGUGGGCGUGGAGGAGCUCCAAGCUAACAUUGAUAGUCUAUUAAGAAAAGACACGAGUGAAAGCGCAAUGGAGGAAGAAUCUUGUGAAGGUGUUGUUCGUGAUCAUAAUGCGGAACGGGCUCGAGGUUUUGAGGAAAUUGGGCUGAUUUCUGUCUUACCUGAUGAUACUUAUUCUGUUGAUGAACCAGCAGAGCCUCUUCGUUACCACCCGCCACCUAAAUCAACCGUCAGGAAGCUACAUGAGGUCACAGAGAUCAUUGAUGCUGAAGUUCGACAAGAUGCUCGAAGUGAAAUAAACUUUGAAGAAAUUUUUCUUUCUAUUGAUGAGAAUAAAGACGAUCGGUUCUAUGAAGAAAUGGAAGAUCAAUGUUUUGUCUCAGUGCAGGACAAUAGUGAUACGGCACUACAAGAGGAGUUGUGUGAGGCUGUGUUCCGUGAUUAUGAUCAGGAACAUGCAAAAGAUUUACAUGAACAAGGGUCAGAAAUUCAAAUGAUUCCUGUUCCUCCUGAGGACAAUGAAACGUUUCAUAAACCUGUAGAGCCUUUACCUUAUGAUCAAGAACCCGUAACAUCAACAGACGAUCAGUCGUCUGAGGUGACUGAGGUUUUAACUGCCGAGGUUCGAAGACAUCUACGAAGUGAGAUAAACGUUGAGGAGACAUUUUCUCACCUUAAAGAGCAAACCGCUGAAUACGAUGACGAAAUUGCGGAAAAAACCGUACCAACUGUGGCAGAGAGUCCAUCGCGUGCCUCCUUAUACGUCGUGGAGGACACAGUAGUCGAUGAUGUGGAGCAUUGUUCCCCAUCAACGUCGGCGCAUAUUUCUCACGAAACCGAAAGCGAUGUACCUACUAAAGAAAUCUUUGAGGUAAAUCAAUUAGCUGAGCCUGAACGGCAAGCUUCGCUAUACAAGGAAGAAGAGUCAUUCGUAAUAGAUGUAACGGCUGAAGUUCCUUCCUCCCCAAAGCAUAUUGCUGAAGAGGGUGUUAAUCUUGAAAGGAUGGAGUCGGUUGGCGAAGUAAAAGAAAGAAAAGAAGAAGAAAGAGCUUCCUUGAUCGUAGAUGAUCGUGAACUCGUGAUUAAGGUACCCUCUGAAUCCCUCUCCUUGCAGAGUGUUACUGGGGAAGUGGAAAACGUCGCGCCUUUUGAGCAAGCCCCCAAUGAAACGGAGAUGGGUCAUUUUAACAAGGCUUCCUUGUUCAGGGAAGAAGUCCCGGAUGUUCAACAGUUGGCAGCUGACGUGUUCUCAUCCCCAAGGCAUAUUUCUAGUGAAUGCGAAAACGUCAUGUUUGCCGAAACUGAGGUGCUGGAACAAAGAGACGAAGAGACAGAAUCCCUUUAUAUUGCAGAGAACACAACUGCGGAUUCAAUGGUAAUUAAAGAAGCGUCUUUGUAUCCUCUGUUUAUCGCUUGCGAAAGUCAAAACUUUGAUCCUAAGACACAAAUAGAAGAACGAGAACAACCCAAAGAUGAGACGUCUCCACUGAUGUACUCCGAGGAAGUGAUGUCUUUUGCUGAGAUCAAAUAUGAUACUCCACUUUCCCCCAAGCACAUUGCCUGCGAAUGUACACACGCCGAUUUCGUUGAAAAUGUGGAAAGCAAAGAACCGAUAGCUCAAGAAAACAGGGCGUCGCUAUACUGGGAAGAUGAAGUGCCAGCAGAGAAAAUAGGAUAUGACAUCCCUGCAUCUCCAAAGCAUGUUGCUGGCGAAAGUUUAAACACAAAAUUCAUCGAGGAAGUUAGAGAACUGGCCGAAGAUGGAAAGCGGGCUUGUUUGUUUAUGGAAGAGGAAACGACCGUCAGUCGGGUAACGACAGGAGCUGCUGCAGCUAUGCAUGUAGCUCAUGAAAGCGUUAUUAAAGAGAGUAGGGAAGAAAUCAUCGAAGGAGAGCCUUACGAGUUGGAGAAAAAGUCCUCAAGGUUAAUGGAGGAAGAUUCAGUUAUCAACGAAGUAAUACAAGACACACCCUCCUCUCCAAAGCAUAUCUUACGGGGAAUUCAAACGGUCGAUUCCUUCGAAGACGUUUACGAAGGAAGCAUUGAGGAAAGACAACGCGCAUCACUGGUUGUGGAGGAAACUGUCGCCUUCGACGAUCUGGCAGCCGGCACACCAUCUUCCCCAAAGCACAUCGCAGGGGAAAUCACCAACAGGGAAACCUUUGAAGAAACCGAAGAAGCACAAGAGUAUGAAAACAAAGGAGCUUCUAUAUUUGUUGAGGAAAAUAUCAGUCACGGUUAUGUUUCCCUUAAGGACACAAGUAGAAAGCACGUUGCAGCAGAAAUUUUAAACUCUGAACUCCUGGAGGUAGGAGCUGACGAGGACUUACCGGGGUCUGACUAUGGCGAACAUUUUGAGGAGUUUGAGAGAACUUGCGGUACUGGAACAUAUGUGGAGACCCCGAAAGCUAUAUACGUCGCUGGAGCGGUACAAAACAGAUACACCCAUGGUGAGGAUGCUGAAGAUAUUCUACAACUUGACGAAAGUGUGAAAUAUGAAGAUUUCCAACACACACUGACCACGUCCAUCCUCGCACAAAAGCCACAGCCACCGGUUCACAUAGCUGAAGAGCUUACAAAUAUAAUGCCACAAGAGGAGUUAUUGGAAGAAGGGAAAACGGAGGAAGAAGUGUCUGCGGAAGAGAUUGAGGAGACGCAGUUUCAAACCACAACUGUACUUUUAAAGUCACCGCAAUCGUUAUUAAGCAUUGCCGCUGCAGUAUUAGAGCAAAAUAUUGAGGCAUCUCAUCAGGAGGCACCAGAAGAAUUCACAACGAAAACAGAGGUAACGCAACAGUACAGCGAAGAGGAACUUAAUGAAAUUAAAAUUGUGGCGUCGGAAGACGUUUCUUCAAAUGCUUCUGUGGCGCAUGAAAUAAAAAGUUCACUGCAGCGAGAGAAAACGGUUAUAACGACGGUGACUUCAGAGCACUCGCCAGUUCUUUACGUAGAGAAUGAAGCUACGGAUGAUAUGGUCAGUGACAACACUAAAGUGCCCGUAAUUCUCAUAGAUCUUGCUGGCAAAAUUUCUGACGAGGAGGACGAUGAUGUUUAUCUCGUCGAAGAGCGUCAAGAAACGGAUGCAAAAAACACGAAGGGAUACGAAACGGAAACAAGCACUGCACAUCCUACGGAGGAGCAGUGCGUUGAGUCACAUGCGGCUGCUGAGUUUUGCGUAUCUGAGGUUGUUUUGGAGGAUAGCGUAAUAAUAAAGAAAGAAGAAUUUGUGGAGCCCUUUGAAGAAAGCGAGGAAGGCUCUGUUUCAGAACUGUUGUCAGAGAGUUCGUCUUCGCCACUUCAUGUAUCCAGUGAACUAAAGGAUUUUCAAGAUUUUGAAACAAUCAACGAAGAAUAUGGCAGCGAAAGAUACCACGCUAUAAGUUAUGAGGAAGGUGAUUAUGUUUCGGAGAUCACAAUAACUAAAGGUUUACCGCCACUUUUCAUAACCGAAGAACUUUCACAAGAUGCGUAUAAGGAAAAUAUUUUAAAGGAAGAAUCAACAGUCAUAGAAACAGCUCGAGAGUACGCAGAGUACGGUGAAGUCGAGGACGCUUUACCGACACAAACCAGCGUUGGCACCUCUCAGUCGCCGCUGCAAACAACUACAGACGUAUUAGACUCAAAAUGUACCGAAGGUGUCAAGAAAGAAGAAGACGAACCUGACGGAAGAGAGUUUGCCGACAAAUUUAUAGACACAGGAGGAAUUAAUGAGAAAAUGACAAACAGUCAAUCUGAUUUAAGUACUCUACGUGAACGUGUUGAUGCGACUGGUACAGAAACUGCAGAGGAUGAAACUGAUAAUGCUCAGAAACUCGGUGGACAAGAAGUCGUCUCACUACCUGCCGAACAGGAACAAGUUGUUCAUAGAGAGGAAAUACGACAAGAGGUCUGGGAGGUAGAGGUUACGAAAGGUAGCCAACAUGUCGAAACAUUUCGGGAGAAACACAAGAAGGGGCAAAUGCAAAGGUCAGUAGACAAAUCUAGUUACUUGGAGUUAGAAAGUAAAGAGAGCCACAGUGUCAGCCAAACUCAACGAGGUGAAAUUGUGCUCGUCGGUGAAAAAGGAGAGCAAAUGGAAGUUUCGCAUAAGAUGGAAACGAAAGUCGAAGUUAUGUCAACAAGAACUGUACAGUAUUCGUCCUCGACCACUUUAGCCUCUGGGGGAGAAGUCACGACGAAAGAAACUAAACAUCACUUAACGACCAACGGAGCGUGUAUCUCCCGUGAAGAAGUUAAGAAUAUCGAGGAAGUAUCUUUUACAGAGAUACAAGGAACAAGACAGCAAAGACUGUGGAUAAAGGAAGAGAUGGAAAAUCCCUUGGAAACCAACGAUGAACUAAGCGAAAGUAUUUUAGAAAGGGAGACAAAAGAUCAGGAAUCAGAAAGAUUUGAACGAGAGCUCUCGCAGGAGGAGACAGAAGUCCGCCUUAUGAAAAGUGAGGUCUUGGAAUACAAGGCAGUAGAACUUAAAGCUCAGUUAGAUAAUCCCCGAAUAACUGUGGAACGAGAGACUACUUUAGUAAGGGCCUUUGUCGUUCCGACACCUGCUAGUGAAGGACAUGAGCAGACGUUAAUGCGAGAGGAUAGCAUAACAGCAAUCUUAAAAGAUGACGAAGUCUCCCUUGAAAAGGAGUCAGAAGGUGAAAAGUUUGAGGAGGAAAUUGAUAUAAUGCGAGUGGAUGAAGCAUUAUCAGAACAAGAAUUUCGAGGAGAGGGAGCAGAUAAAGGAGAUCGUCUCAAAUCACGAUCCUCAAAGGGGGUCUCAGUGGAUGCAACGGGAAAAUGGGAAGAACGCGAGAGUCUAAUCCACAGAAGUGAUCAAAAAAAUGUUCCUUACGAAGGGGAAACUGGGAUUUGGGACGAAGAUCCUUUAUACGAAGAAGAAUGUGAAGUAAGAAGAGUAGACGAAGCGUUGGGUAAAUCUGACGAUGGAGUGGUAGGAAUUCACGCUUGUGAAGAAGUUGAAGUUACAGCCUUAAGGAAAGAAAAGGCUCUGACUACAGAAGCUUCGGAGUCACCUGGGGAGAUGAAACUCAGAGUACAGUCACCUGUGUUCGAGGAGGAGUUGGAAAUAUCGACGCUUCCUGCGGAGGAUAGGUCAUUUCAAGAAGAUCAACAAGAGAGAGAUAAAGAUGUCGAGCAGAGAGAAUUGCUUGAAGAAGAGGUAGAAGUAUCGGCGAUCACAAGUCAGGAAGAGUCACCCGUCUUAGAAGUAGAACUUGAGGUAGAACAUGUCGAAAAACAGAAAACUGAGGAAGACGUACGAAGCAAGGAAGUUGCAUUAUUUGAAGAAGAAUUAGAGAUAUCUACUGUUCCAAAUGAGGAAGAACAAAUUAAAACACAGGACAGUGAUGAAGAUAAAACAAUAGAACGCACAGUGAUACUAGAAGGAGAUCACCCCAUAGGUAUAGAAGAACGCGAUGGAGAGAUAGUUGAAAAUGCAGAACAUGUGGGUGCCGGCAGCAUGAGAACAGAAGAUCAAACGGACAAGAAAAGUGAUAACCACUCAGAAAUAUCUGAUCCGUCUACACAAAGGAAACCGUUAGACUUGAGCCAAGUGGAUUUGUACGAAGAAGACGAGAGUGGCCUUGAAACACGCUACUACGUAGAACUGUCAUCAAGUGAAAGCUUGGAACCACAUUAUGAAGAGAUGGAAGACCAAACAUGUUACACUGAAAAGUACGUGCGUCAGGGAGAUCCCUUGGAAGAAAAUCUGGAAGAGUUUAUACUAGUGAAGUACGGUGACGAAUUUGAAUCUUCUGGCGAAGAAGACAUCUCUGACCAUCGAGAGAUUUACGUAAUUCCCGAAGAAGAAAACGACGUUGAAAAUCGUGAUGUAGAAUCUGCUAGAGAUGACAAGGUGGACAUCGAAGAUCCCAAGCCAGAGAGUUUUUUCCAGGAAGGGUCUGAGAACACUGGCUUGGAGGAAAUUCGGGAAUCCCCAGAAUUUGAGAUGGACGAUUCAGAUGAGUUGGACGAAGAAGAACAGCGACAGUUGGAAGAGUACGAGAGGCUGGAGUCAUUUGUCAUUUUAGAAGAGAAGUUGAGCCAGGUAGAAUCUGAUGAUGACGAAAUUGCUGAUUUGGAAGAAGAAGUAGGAGACGAAAAUGUGUUUCAUUCAGAUGUGCAUUCUAGCAGCGAAGAAACGUUACAUGAAGACGAACUAGCUCAGACAAUGAUAGCUUCUUCAAUUCAACAGGCAUCUGCUUUCACCGAACCUGAGUAUCAUGAUAAACAACAAGAAACAUCACAUGAUGACGGCUUUACGGAAACGCAAAAACAGAUUAGUACAGAAAAGGAAGAGCAAUCCGUAGAACGUUCUCCUUCAAGACAAGAAGAUCCUAGGACAGGUGAACAAUUUAAAGCUGCGGAUGACUCAUCGGUCGAGGUUGCCCACAGUAAAUCUCGCACAAACGAGGAAGCAAGGGGCGAAAGUUUAUCUGAAGACCAACAAGACCAAAAAGGACAUUCCGAAUUGAGUAGGGCAAAAGAGGAGAAAACGGAACAACAACUAAGUAGUGACUCGUCUGGUGAGCAAAGUGUGUCGAGUGAGGGAUCCUUAUCCGCUACAACUUCAGUUGACCUGGAAGGUGAGCUUGCUUAAAUAAGUUUCUUGUGAACCUACGACAGUCGUGUUGUCUAAAUGUUUUGCCCCCCAUUCUCUAUUUCUUCAGGUUUAGACAACUUCGAACAAGACUGCCUCUUACAACACAACCUGUACCGUCGACAACACCGAGUGAAACCGUUCAAGUGGUCAGAAGAGUUGGCCGAGGGGGCCAAAAGGUGGUCAGAGCAUUUAGCUUCCCUAAAUGCCUUGGAGAGCUUCGAGGGGAAAGACGUAGGAGAAAAUCUGAUGAGCGCUGAGGGCAAGGAGCUCAGUGCUUUAGAAGCUGUAGAUAUGUGGUAUAAAGAAGUAGAAGACUAUAAUUUUGAAGACCCUGCUUUUAAUGCCAAAUGUGGACGCUUUACGCAGGUCGUUUGGGCGUCUUCUCGAGAGUUUGGUGCGGCAAGGUGUCUUGCCAGUGAUGGAACGCAGUAUAUUGUCGCGCGUUAUAAACCUGCAGGAAAUAUCCUGGGAGAGUUUAAGGAAAACGUUAAACCACCAAGAGAUCCCUCAAGUCGCCUGAAAAGACGAAGAUCGAGUGCCAGGAGACGGUCAAGGUCAGGAAUGCCUUCCACACCAGCUGAAAAAGGUACGUCUAACGUCGAGUAAGAGAAGGUCAAAACAUUGACGAUUGAUAACGUCAAGUCGAUAUUGCGCAAGCCGAUACCGUCAAAUCCCUACAGGAAUUCCAGGGGCUAUACGUUUUCAAGGUCUGUAGGGGCUUAGAAAAACAUAAGGGAAAUUAGCCUUUCAAACUCGACUAGGCUUAUAAUUAGGGGGAAAUUUGUGACAGGAAAUUGCCCAUUCCGUUACUAUUUGCAAUAUUUCUCCUUUUCAGGCGUGUUGAAUACUUCGUUCUCCUUUAAAAUGAACGGCUGAAAGAGUACCGUAAAAUUCCGAAACCGGCCUCUCCGAAUACAAGCCCCAAAUUUGAAAAGCACCAAAAAUUCCUGUAAUGAGGCUCUGCUUAGUUUAGCCCUCUGGGAUUUGACAAUUAAUCCCGAUACAUUUCGGAACUGAUACUAUUUCCCACGUCUUAAGGAAGUGUUAUGUGAGGUACCACUUCAUCGCUUUUACUGUAUUAUAAGACUAUGACGAAUUCUGUACGUGUUUCGAGAACGGAUUAUAUUUGAUGCAAAACUUAUUUUGCUUGCUUGUGCAUCUCUAGUCAUUCGAUGAAUUUUCAGUUGAUCUUUUAAUCUCUUUGAUACACAGAAAAAUUCAAAACAGAGUGCGUCAUUUCGCACAAUUACUACCGUACAUUUCACAGCGCACCGGCUCUUCGCUGGUCACCUCUCCUGGCUGCAGAGGCACAGAAUUAUGCCGAACGCCUGGCUAAAACGGAUUCCUUGACCCACAGCGGACAAAAGGACCGUGGGGAGAACCUGGCUUACACGUGGGAUAGUCCUCUCUCCGCACGGGCGGCAAUUGACAUGUGGUACGAUGAAGUGCAAGACUAUGACUUUGACAGCCCUGGCUUCAGUUCUGACACAGGGCAUUUUACACAGUUAGUCUGGGUGGGAACGGAGGAGUUCGGGAUGGGAAUGGUUGUAGCCCCUGACGGAAGAAAUAUAGUCGUUGGAAAGUACUUCCCGCCCGGCAACAUUGUUGGACAGUUCAAAGAAAAUGUUAGAUCAAGAGAAAUAGAGGGCAUUCCAUAAGCCGGACACUUUUUAAACUGCGCAGGAGAACGACAAAAUAAGAACGUGGCGAUCAAUCUAGCUCGUGAAAAAGUAAACUUGAGAGGAUACAUUAUGUCGCACUGUUUUCCGGCAAAUAAUUUUUAUUUUUAAAAGAACUUGUGAGGGAGUUUGUGCGAAUGGGAGUACAGAAUGUAACUUAAUUUUCAAAAACUGUCUAAUUUACUUUGUUAAUCCUUUGAAAUGAAAACCCUUUAAUUUAAAGGCGUCACAAUUUGUGUUGAUCGCAAGGAUUUUUCACACGAAAUAAGAUUUUCAGGGAAAGAUUAUUGUGCGCUGAAACAUGGCAAAUUACUUCUCAUGCGUUCACAAGAAUUCUCGAGACGGGAUAGAAAAAUAACAAACAGUAGAGUUUUGAAUGAGCUUGUUUUAUAGAGCUAUGUUUUGUUUUAAAUCGCUAUUUUUAUACUUUUUAUUUCCGCGGAUUUGUUGUUGUUAGCUUUCUGCAGAAAAAAGGUUCAGCAGGGGAGACUCGAGGAAAGGAUGUGUAGAAGCAUUAAUAGUUAUGACAAUAAUUGGUCAGACUCAUGCAAGGGUAUUAAUUAAUCAUAAAAACUAUUCAAGUAAGACAAAAUUGAGACAAUUGCUGCUCGGCUUCAACUCACCGAAAACGAAUGUUCAAGUAAAAACAAGACGUUCUGAAAAAGUACAACGAAGUUUAAAUUCCGCAGGCCAUAUUUGCUUUCCAUUUUAUACUUUUUGAAUUACUUGCUUUGUCAAAAGAGAUUGAUUAAUCGGUAUUUAAUAAUAGAUAGGUUGUUUAAAUUGACUGUUUAAAAUUCAGUAUUUAUCAGUGU